AUGACCGACACAGAAUCCAAAAUCUACCAUCACGCCGACGCCGACGGGCACUUCCGUCGACAAGUCUCGUCCUUCCGCUCCUUCGUCUCGCCCGACCCGACGGCGGAAUUCCCGGCCCAGAAAGACCGCUACGUGCUCUACCUCGCGUACGGCUGUCCCUGGGCGCACCGGACCAACAUCGUGCGCGCGCUCAAGGGCCUCGAGGAGAUUAUCCAGCUGGUGGUGCUGGACCCGGAGCUGGGGCCGGACGGCUGGUUCUUCUCGGGGCGAUGGGGGUCGGCGGAGGAAGACCCGCUGUACGGGUUCCGGCAGCUGCGCCAGCUCUACUGGAAGGCCGACCCGGAGUAUCAGGGGCGGUUCACGAUCCCGGUGCUCUGGGACCGGCGGCGCGAGACCAUCGUCAGCAACGAGAGCAGCGAGAUCAUCCGCAUGUUCUACUCGGCCUUCGACGGGCUGCUGCCGCCGGGGCGCCGCGAGGCCAACCAGCCCGGCGGCGGGCUCUAUCCACCGCAUCUGAGGGGGGAGAUCGACGCGAUGAACGAGUGGGUGUACGAGCGCAUCAACAACGGCGUGUACAAGACGGGGUUCGCCACGACGCAGGAGGCCUACGACGCCAACGUGUAUCCGCUGUUCGAGGCGCUGGACCGCGUCGAGGAGCAUCUGGCGCAGCCGGGCCACCAGCCGUAUCUGUUCGGCGAGCACAUCACCGAGGCCGACGUGCGGCUGUACACGACGAUUUGCCGGUUCAAUGUCGCUUACUACUUGAUCUUCCGGUGCAAUCUGAAGAUGAUCCGGCAUGACUAUCCGCGCAUCGAUCGCUGGUAUCGACGGUUGUACUUUGACGAGUCCGAGAGGACUCGCGGCGGGGCGUUCAAGAAGACGACGUUCUUUGAUAUCGUGAGUGAACCGUUUGCACUGCAGCUCCUCCCUGGCCUGAAACGCAUGCUAACAGCGUUUUCUCUUGAUCAGUAUAAGUACAACUACUUGAAAGCGCUGGGAAAGAAGGUAGGCGGGUCUCAGACCGUCAUCCCAGCCGGUCCAGUGCCGGAUAUCCUGCCAUUGGAGAAACUGUAG